AUGACGGAGCUCAAAGCCAUCCAACUUGACAGCCUGCUGGAUGAGCUGAACAGAAUAAAGGACCAGCAGGUUGCACUACAAGAUGCCAUUGAGAAUGACAAGGCAAUCGUCAUCCACCCUCGACGAGAGGAGCUAGAAGAUGAGGAAGACGAGAAGCCCAAGAAGCAGCCUCCGAAGUACGUGGUGUCAGGUGGGCUUACUGGCUUCGGGGUGGCCCAAGAUCUCCUCCACUUGGACUUCAGCGCACCGGAGGAGGCCCCAAAAGAGUUCAAGGCCAUGGCUUUCAACGCCAAGCGCAUCACCACUCUCAAAUCCGGCCUCUCAGGCACCUUUGGGAAGGUGGAUGCUAUGUCUGAGAUCCUGACAGAGUACCUGCAGCGGCUGGAGGAGCAGCAGGAGAGCGUCAUGCAGCUCAUCAAGAACCAGCGCCAGCUGCUCAAGGAAGGCAAGGCUGGCGCGAAUCUGCAGGCACUCAAGAGCGCUGCUGCCAAGGUGUAG